UAGAAAAAUGUCAAGUCAAACCAGAAAAUAUUGCCGUUUAUUGUGAUUUAAAAUUCAGCCGUGAUUAUCCUAAGCCGCCAGAAUUCAAUUUAUUUGCUGGUGGGGGAGAAAAGAAAUAUCAAGAAUUUACCAGUGUUUAUUGUGCUUACAUUGACCGCUUGCUUAAUUCUUCCUUGGCCGUGAAGCAAAUUAUUGGUCGGGUUUUACGCCAACCCAAGCCAACUAUCACUCACCAAUUACCGGAAUUGCUUAAUACCGCUCAUUUUUAUAUUCAGGUGGAAAAACAAUCUACCUUUCAAGCGGUAAUUGAGGAAAUUAAUCAGGAACUCCAAAAAAAUGGUCCCGGUAUUGAAAUUAAACCAACUACUUCGGCGGAAAAACCUGAAAUAGUUAAA